GCCCCCCAAUUAGGCCCCGCCCCCUCGGCCAUGUCGGAGCUUCUCCUCCUCACCCGGAUCGUCCCCGGAGGGGGGGGAGGGGCAGGAGGGGGAGGGGCCGGACCAGGAGACCCCUCCCCCACCCCCCAAAAACGGCGGCUCUGGGGGGAGCCCCUGGUGAUGGGGGUGUCGCAGGUGCUGCUGGGGACCCUCCAGGUGGCCCUCGGGGGGUCCUUACUGGUGGCACUGGGAGACCCCGUGGGGGCCCAACUGGGGACCCCCCUGGCCACCGGACCCGUGUUGAUCGUUUCGGGGGCGACGUUGGCGGCGACGGCCCAGGGACCCUCCAAGGGGAGGGCUCGAGCCGCCCUGGGCUUGGCCGUGGUGGCCUCGAUCGUGUCCUUCCUGGCCCUGGGGCUCCAGGGGCUCCUCGUGGCCUACGGGUGCCCCUCCUGCUACAACCUGGGACCCCCCGCCCAGCGUGUCCUCCUGGGCAUCUACGUCCUCCUGAUGACGUCAUCAGCGGCGGGGGCGGGGCUCUCCGUGAUUGGUGCAGUCGCCGCCACCAGGGCCCGCCCCAAACGGAUCCAGCCACCCGUGGUGAUUUACCAAACGGCCCUGCCCGGCAUGGGGGCGGGGCCUGUGGAGGCCACGCCCACCAGUGACCCCGCCCCUCAAUGAGGACCAAUCGCGGCUGAGGGGCGUGUCUGGCUCCGCCCCCUCCUCGUGUCUUCGCAGAAUAAUAAAUAGAAA